AUGUCCGACGAACCUUCAAUCAUUCGCCCCCGUCCGCGACGUGUCUUUGAUCUCGCGCCCCCAUCCAACGACUCGUCCGAAGCCUCAACGCCAGCGGAACCCACCAGCCCGGAUCUCUUGUCGCCGAGGGACACCGCUGGAUCCACCAGCGUCAGUAGGAAUGGCUCGAUCAUGAACCUUACAUCCCCGACGCUGUUUGGUAUCUACUCUCCGACGGCGUUCGAGGGUUCCCGGGAUGAAUCCAGCCCCUGGGGAACGGAGGCCCACACCCCUGUGACGGAAAGUCCGAGGCUUCCUCAACCUAAGUCGGAAGGCCCAGAUCGGUUUGCUCUUCAGAGGACACGGUCACGGCUCACCCAUGGACUGUUCUUGGGUGUCAUUCUCCCUCUGGUGGCGAAAAGUGCCUUGUUGUUUGGAUUUGGCAUCGUUUAUGGGGUAAUUACAAUUCAUCUACAUGAAAACCACUGGAUUACGCCGGUGAAGCUAGAAAACGCCCACUAUUACGGUUCCUUCGAAUACCUGGCGUUCUGGGGUUUGGCCGGGAUCGCUCUGGGAAACGUUCUCCCUUGGCUAGACCUUUUCUCGGAGGAAGCAGUGGUUGAUAGCGGUCGGCCGAAGCAAUGGUCAAGCAGCGACCAGAGCACCGAGGAGCGGACUCUCUCGUGGGUGGCCGUAGUACGAAGCGUCGGGGCCUUUGUAGGGAUAGCAUUUGCCAUGCGGAGGCUACCCUGGCAAUCUACAACUCAAGCGUCGGCGACGCUUGCACUCGCCAACCCGGUCCUUUGGUAUCUAAUCGACCGUACCAGAACAGGCUUUCUGAUGUCAACCACGGUCGCCAUAGUGGGAAUGGGGGUCAUUUUGGGCGUUCGGCCGGACCUUGUGCCUCCCUCGGCAGACACACCCACGUCUGCGCUCCCCGCUCUUAACAACACCCUACGAGAAUAUGGGCUGGUGACCGAAGUAACGCAAGAGGGCGUCGCAGUUCGGAUCUGGGUUGCAAGUGUCCUGUUCUGCGCCUGUGUCUGCUUUGGCAACAUCGGCCGACAGUGGGCCAUUGGGUCUCGACGAGAACCGUUAAAGGCAUGUUGA